UGAGAUAUUUCUAGGUAGAGCCGACCAGAAAAAGAGCAAUCUAGUAUGUAAGCUAAUGUUUCUUCUCACUUUUUUUUUUCUUUUUGUCAGAGGCUCAUUUGUCAGUAACCGUUUGAUCACAACGGCUAAAUCAACCACGUGGUCAGACAUACCGUAACAUACCAACACACAGCAACACUUGAUUGUAGCUCAUUAAAAAAGAUCGCCAGCAGAAUUAAAACUCUUUAAAUCACUCUCCUCUGUUUUUCACCAUCUCUGUUUCGCUCUAUCAAGAAGAAGAAACAGAGCGUUCACAUUAUUCCUUCAAUACAACAAUGGCAUUGAUCUUCUUCUUCUUCAUGUUAUCGAACUUGUUCUUCUCUGGAGCUAUGUCGAGGAGCUUCACAAUAGCGAACAAAUGCGACUACACAGUUUGGCCGGGAAUUCUAUCUAACGCCGGAGUUCCUCCGUUGCCGACCACUGGCUUCGUUCUUCAACAAGGCGAGACGCGUACAAUCGACGCGCCGUCUUCAUGGGGAGGUCGUUUCUGGGGAAGGACACUCUGCUCAACCGGUUCCGAUGGAAGAUUCACAUGCGCCACCGGAGAUUGCGGUUCCGGAAAGGUCGAAUGCGCCGGGACUGGAGCUGCUCCACCGGCGACUCUAGCUGAAUUCACUCUCGACGGCUCUGGAGGGCUCGAUUUCUACGACGUGAGCCUCGUCGAUGGCUACAAUGUCCAGAUGCUGGUGGUUCCUCAAGGCGGCUCCGGCCAGAACUGCAGCACUACAGGCUGCGUCGUCGAUUUAAACGGCUCGUGUCCGUUGGAGCUAAGGGUCAAUAGCGUCGGAGGAGGCGAUAAGGGGACAAUAGCGAUGGCUUGUAAAAGCGCGUGCGAAGCGUUUCGGGAGCCGCAGUAUUGUUGCAGCGGCGCGUUUGGGUCGCCUGAUACGUGUAAGCCGUCUUCGUACUCGAGGGUCUUCAAGAGCGCGUGCCCACGCGCAUAUAGCUACGCGUAUGACGAUAAGUCUAGUACAUUUACGUGCGCCAAAUCGCCCAACUACGUCAUCACUUUCUGUCCUUCUCCCAACACCAGCCUAAAAUCAGCGGAGGAAGAGGAACAUAGCACAGAGACAAUGACGAAGACGACAAGUUCAAGUUCCGCCAGAACGACGUCGUCGCAGAUGGUCUAUGAAGGUGCUCUGGAUGAAAGUAGUGGUUCACCAUCUACGUGUUACGGCUUAUCACGUGUGAUCGCAGUCGCUGCGCUUGCUUUUUGCCGUAUGUGGUGGUUCUUCUGACUAGACUCUAUCUCUUUUUAGUGUCUGCCGACGUAUGCGAAGAAACAAGAACGUAUAUGGGCCUUAGAAGGCCUUUUUAUCGUCCUGCCCAUGUGACGUUUGGAUUGAGUUGUUCACUCUAGAUUGAGAUAUGGUAUAGACUUAUAACUUGUAUAUAAGCCUAGAAGAUAUUUCAUGUAUUUAAUUCGAAUAUGCAUGUAUGAUUAGAUGACGGGUAGAAAAAUACUAGUUACUCUGGUGAUUGAAAAUAUAUGAAAGCUGGGCCAACAAUCCUACCUUAAUUUA